CGGAGCAAUUCUUUGUCUGAUUAAUACUUCUAUUAUUACCAUCAAGCCCUACGCUGGAGUUCAUAACCCUGGAAGCGGAGGAAGGCCGGAAGAUCAAGCGUCCGUCUCCGUCACCUUCUCCUUCGUUAGAUGGCACCGAAGCCCAUAUCGAGCCCGGUGCCCGUCGCGUGGUAUCCGUCGCUGGCCGUGCUGAUGCUUUCCAUCGGUCUCCUCGUCACCGCCUCCUUCUUCAUCUAUGAAGCUACUUCAUCCAGACGGAACCGUAGCCUAUCAAAGGAGAUCGUAACUGGGGCCAUGGCAUCUAUAUUCUUGGGUUUUGGAUCUCUGUUCUUGCUCCUUGCAACUGGUGUCUAUGUUUGAUACCAGAAUUUGACCCAAAUGCGGCUCCAGAGUUCUUUAAGAACCAAGAGAAUUUUGAUUAUUCAACAUACUAGUUGGGUUUAUGCCUGCUAUAUGGAAUUUGAGGGUCCCUCUCUGGAUCUGAAAUGCAAGACAUGACAGCACGUGAAUCUGAAGAAAUUUUGUUUCAGUUUUUAGAUGCAUUCUAGUUUGGGUAGUAUAUCACUGCAUGAUUUGAUACGACUCCAACAACAAUUUUUUAGCCCUGAAGUGGCUUUGAACCACAAUUUUCUCCACAGUUUUCAAGCAUACCCAAUUUAACUCAAUUUUUGAAGUUGGGAGCCAUGAACUAGCUACAUGCUCUUGCUUUUGAUUGCUUGCUGCCAGGGUGAUGAAUGGAUAGUUGGGACCAAACAACUGUUGGAAUCAA